AUGUCGGAGAAGCUACCGGAAGAAGGGGCCAGAAAGCGGUACAUAUCCAAUGUUAAGUACGAGUACAACAAAACGUACUCGCUAAAACAACUCCGUGAAGAAGGCAAGACCGCAUCAGGUAAUCCGGGUAGAUACCAGGAGCAUUGCGUCUCUCAAUACGAAAAGGGCAGUUGUGUAUCGUUGAGAAGCAGAGUUCGGGAGAGUGUCUGUAGUCUGGUUGCGACGGGUAGUUAUGGUAUUGAGGUUACGAUCGAUAGUUGGCUGCGUAAUUUUCAUCCGAAGAAGAGGAGGUAA